AUGGAGAUAAAAAAGAGAAAAGUUGAAGUUAAUGAAGAGUCUUCAGUUGAAUUAUAUCCUUUUAGUACUGAAACUAUGGAAAUUUUGAAAAAACGUGGUAUUAAUAGGUUAUUUCCUAUUCAAGCAAAGUCUUUUAAUUAUAUAUUCAAUAAGAAUGAUGUUUUAGGUAAGGCUAAAACAGGUACUGGCAAGACGUUGGCAUUUGUAUUACCAGUAAUCGAGAGACUAAUUAAAAAAGGUAAAUUUCAUACUAAUGAAAUAGGUAGAAAGCCUCUAGUACUUGUAUUACUACCUACGAGAGAACUUGCUCAACAAGUCAGCAAUGAAUUUGAACUUAUGAAGGGUAAUAAUCGUUAUAAAGUUGUAAGCAUAUAUGGGGGUUCACCUGAAUAUCCUCAGAUACAAGAAGUUAAGAAAGGAGUGGAUAUUAUUGUAGGUUGUCCUGGUAGGGUUCUAGAUUUUAUUGAACGAAAUAUACUUAAUGUUAGUAAAAUUAACGUUUUAAUAUUAGAUGAGGCAGAUAAAAUGUUAGAAAUGGGAUUUAAGGAAUAUGUUGAUAAAGUGAUAGAUUUUGUUAAAAAACAGACAUCUGAAGAAAAUACAGAUAAGAAUAGAAGAUUUCAAAUCUUACUAUUCAGUGCUACAGUACCAUCAUGGAUUAAGAAAAUUGUUAAUGAAAUUAUGUCUAAUGAUACUGUUACAGUUGAUGUAACAAAUAUAUCUGUUGAUGGAAAUGAAGAUUCAAGUGAUAGUGGAAAUACUAGAAUUCGUCACUUAGCAAUCCAAUGUGCAUAUCCUCAAAGAACAGCUUUACUUAAAGAUAUUAUUACAAUGUAUGCAGGUAUUCAUGGUAAAUGUAUAAUUUUUACUGAAACUAAGCAGACUGCAAAUGAAAUCUCUAUGAGAAGUACAAUUAGCGACAUGUGCCAAGUACUACAUGGAGAUAUUCAGCAAAGUCAAAGAGAAAUAGCUCUUCAAGCUUUCAAAGAAGGUCGUUAUCGGUGCUUAGUAGCAACCGAUGUAGCAGCCAGAGGGUUACAUAUUGAUGAUGUAGCUGUUGUUAUACAGCUUGCACCACCAAGAGAUAUAGAUACAUAUAUUCAUCGUGCAGGACGUACUGGAAGAGCAGGAAAAUUUGGAACAGCUAUUCUAUUUUGCAACAUGAAUGACUACCCUUUUUUAUUAAAUAUUGAGAAAAUUGGGAAUAUUAAUUUUCAAAGAAUCGGUGCUCCUCAAUUUGAGGAGAUUCUUCAAAAGACAGCUGACUCUGUAGGGGAAUAUUUGGUAGGGAAAAAUAUUUCCAGUACAAUCCUUAAUUCUUUAACGAAACCAGCCAAAGAUAUUAUCAUAAAACUAUGGAAAAAGUUACAAUGCAAUACGCAGAAAAAAAGACAAAGGAAACAAAUAGAAGACAGAGAUAAUGAUUUGAGUUUAAAUAAUAUGGAGAAUGUUCCUGAUAUUCCAGAAUGUGCUAUAAAUGCAUUGGCAUAUUGUUUAAUAGAGCUGACUGGAAUAAAUAGUGAAAUAUCCGAAAUCCCACAUAGAUCGGUUUUAAAUGGCAGAGAAGAAUUUAAGAGUUAUUUAAUAAAGUUUAGUAAACUGAAAGAUACUAUUGCAAGUAAUGGAUAUAUAUGGAGAUUUCUCAAAAAUAAUCUACGAGGAUAUGAAAGUCUUAUUGAGAAGAUACAAUGUAUGACUUUGCUUAAAAGUGGAGAUGGUGCAGUUUUUGACAUCCCAGUUGUACAUUUAAAAGAAUGGGAAGAUGCAAUUCAAAACUUGAUUUGUAAAACCAAAGAUGUUGAUACAAGUACAUUCCAAAUUAGUGCUGCCUCAAGCAAUCUACCAGAAUUGGUAAUUCCAAAUACUUUAAAUUCACAUCAGGACUUUGGAAGUAACUUAAGAGUCAAUCAGCAGCACAUUUCAAAUAAAAUUGGCUUUAGACAAACAAAUAAUAGAACAAGACCGUUUGGAAGAGGUGGAGUUACUAGAAGAGGUAGAUAUUAA